GGUGCCAAGAUGGCGGCGCUGUGGGGCGGCGGCGCGGGACAUGCCGGGGCUGGAGGGACCCUCCCGUUGCGAGGCGGCGCGGCGCCCGCGGUGGGAAAUGGCCUCCCCUCCACGCAGUAUUUAUUGGCAGAGAAUUUACACUUGUCAUUGGAGGCACUGGAGGCAGAAACCAUCCUUGAAGCAGAAGAGCUCCUGGGAACAAUGCAAGAUUACUUAGACUCUUCUGUCAUCUCCAUCAUUGAGGAUUUCAGCGGCCUGACUGAGGCAAAAGGCCGUGCAGAUGCGGACAAUGAGCUUUCCUUGUUGACUGCAAUCACGGAGAUUCUGGAUAGUACAGAUGAUGAGUCUCUGUCUCCAUUUGACACUAUUCCUGAUUCUGAAUUGUUGACAUCACCCAAGGAGCCCGAUAAUUCUUCGUUUCAAAGGUUUCUCAGCUUGUCCAGGACCUCCCCUAAACAGGACUUUCGCUCCAUAGAGGAUUUCCAGGAGCCUAGAAUUUGCACCAUUCUGACUGAGAAGGUUGAAGCUUGUGCUACCAGCCUCCCCUUAGUGCUGACUCCAAAUUGCCCCAAAGACAGAGCUGCUUCAAACAAAGCCAGUAGCAAAGGGCCCUGUGGGGAACGGAGGGUCUUUCGGCGCAGAGAGCGAGAGCCUCCUAUACUGCAGUGUAGUGAUGGGGAAGAAGAGGAGGAGGAGGAGAUAACCGAUUGUGGGCAGAGUUUUGUGGCAGAUGUAAAAGAGAUCCCUGCAGCAGCAUCAACAAAGGGGGUGGAGACAGACCUCCCCCCGAGUGAUGGCCCCUACAUCAUUUCGCCAGAGAGAAUCUCCCUCAGUGAGCUAGUGAGGUCCAUGCAUUCUUACUGCCAGCCUGCCUUCGCUGUGUGCCUGAGUCCUAAGAGCCAGCCCCUUGCUGGGGAGCUGGUUGCUUGUCCAGUUGUCUCAGUAGUAGUGCCUGAUGGUGGGGAGAGCAUGGAGAUCCCAGCGGCCCUUCAGAAUGUGGACAGAGAACUCUCCCGCAGAACCAACAGCAGCAGCACAUCUGGCCAGGCAGAAGAGGCAGGCCUCCCGGUCCCUUCCCUGGACAGUGUAUCAUCUACAGGCAACACCAAGACUGCAGGCCAGGAAAGAGAUCUUGCCUUGGGCAGCCAGGCCGAGGGGGUAGGCCGGGUUGUCCUCCAAAGAUGGGAAGAUGCUCUCCUGAGGUCAGAGGAAGAAGCUUUGGGAUCAGUGGACAAUCACGCGAGCACAUCUCAGCUUGGCCCAGGAGCACCAACAAACAUAAAGCUUAGUGCCUCGGAGACAGACAAGAGAAGUGGUAAUACCAGGAAGAACGGGAAGAAAUGCAGCAAAGAGAAAAGGAGGCACAAGGAGACCAGGAACGGCAGGCCUCAAAAGCAGGUUGGUGCUAACCUAAGCAAUGCUGAGAAGCAGGUGGAGAAAGCUGGGGGAAGAAGUCAGGCAAAGCCUUCCCCAGAUCAAGCAUCCCAUGCAAAGGAGAAGCUGGGCACUGCAGAGGAGGAGGAAUUGUUCAAACAUGAGACACACAUAGAGCCCCCAAACCUGCCAAUGCCAGGAUUGGAGAGUGCAGAGGCCUUGCCACGUACAGAGGAACGUCCGUCCGCCCAGCACCAGGGGGCUGCAGACACCUUGCCUACAAACCAGAGGGGUGUGCUGGAAUCCAACCAUGGGAACAAGACUGGCUCACCCACAGACGAGGUGGUUGGCCCAGAUGCCUCCCCUUUGCUCCCUGGCAGUAUUGAGGACAUUGCAGGGCGGCCGCCCGUGACUCUUCUUGGCAGCAAGGAAGUCAGCUGCCCACCCAAGGAGGCUAAGCCCCGGCCUCUCAGCUUGAGUGAAUACCGGCAGCGCAGGCGGCAGCGCCAGGCCACGAGUAGCGCCGCAGAGAAACAGAGUGCCAGCAAGUGGCCCAGCUUGCCUGAGCCCCCCAGAGAACUGGCUGCCCUUCCUUGCCUGGUGCCUCCACCACCCCCAAAGCUCCCGACUCCUGGGGCAAGAAGGGAGGCUAAGAAACCUGCCAGCCCGGCCUCUCCCCCUGUUGGCAAAGCGGCUGCCCCUCCCCUCUCUGUGCAAACCACAGCUGCACCGGUUCUUGCUCCUUGUUCCCAGAAUGGCACUGGGAGCACCCCUCCUCUCCUAGCACCUGCUCUGGCUGUCCCUUCGCAGCCUAGCAAAGCAGGUCCCUUUCCCCCUGUUGGGGCUCAGGUGCCGCCGAUGCUGCCCCCACCAUACCUCCCACCCGUCCCUGGUGCUUUCCUACCAGCCCCUCCCAACUCUUGCAUCUUGGGCACACCACCACCAGUGCCUCCCUGGGCUCCUUUUGCCCCUCUGCCAGCUGGCUACAAAAGCCUGCCACCUCCGUCUUUGGCCACCGAGGCUUGUCCCACCACCUUCCGUGCAGUUCCUCCGGUGCCCCCUCCUACAUGGCCUCCCCCACCCAUCCCCUUGCCGCCUUUUGGCCCAGGGCUUCCUUUCAGCUCCAUGGAGUGGGCUGCAGGUCCACAGCCGCCUUACUGGCCUGGUAUCCCAAUGCCGCCUCCAAUAUUGCCAGUCCCUUACGGGGAUCGAGGAGUCCUCAUGCAGAGCCCCCCGGUUGGUGUCUUCCUGACACCACCCUUCUCCGAGGAGACCCCCGGCCGGCAGAGUGCAGCUCCAGUGCUGGAGUCCUCUCACUUCAGAAUGCAAAACCUGACAGCCACCGAGAAGGCAGGCCGACCAGCCCAGCUACACAGGGUGGAACCCCCUUCUACAGCCAAAGUUGCUGCCAGAAGGAUAUCUGACCCGAGGCUGCAAGCACAGCCUUGUGCUGCUGAGUCUAAAGCAGAGGCGACUCCUGGAAAAUCUUGGCCCUUGGGGAAACCGCUUGCCCCUGCACCAGUGGUUGAGCCUUCAGGAAAGCCAGCACCGUCUGUCAGGAACAGCUCUGUUCUGCAGUCCUCAGGGGAGCCCCGUUCUGUGCUUCCUUCCCAGCAAGUCAAGGACUCCACUGGCACACUGAAAUCUUUAGAAGAGCCCUCCUUAGCCAAGCCCAUGCAGAAGGCCUGUACUGUACCCGUUGCAGUUCAAAGUGCCGAAGGGGCUGCUCCUGCUGCCCAGUCUCGAGAGGAACCUCUUCCCCUUCCUGUUACUUUGGUGCCGGAAAAGUUAACAGUGCCCGCUUCAGUGGAGAAGAAUGAUAAGCAAGCUGCCCCAGUAGUUCCCAGCUCGCCUGUAACAGCAGUGACCCAGAAGGCGCAGGAAACUGGCCUGCUUUCCAAGAUGCCCACCCAUGCGUGGAAGCUACAGCCUCUCAUCAGCACCGGGCAGCACAGCCGCCAUAAGGAUAUCAUUCAGGCCUUUAUCACUGAGAUAGGAAUCGAGGCCUCUGACCUGUCCAGCCUAUUAGAGCAAUUUGAAAAAAUGGAAGCCAAAGAGGGAGCUUCUGAUGUGGCGAAGCCCAACGGAAAUAUUUCUGCAGGGAACAGUGGCUCUGAGGUGCAGCAGGAAAAGAAGAUGGUGGAUUGGCUUCAGGCUCCAGAGCUCACCAACGUUGCAGGCCUAACCCCUCCAGCCACUCCACCCCACCAGCUGUGGAAGCCUCUAGCAGCCGUCUCGCUCCUGAGCAAAGCCGGCUCCCCCAAGGGUGCCAGGCUUGCAAAAUCCCUAAGCAGGCCUCACAGAAAAGCCCCAGCCCCACUUCACGUGGGCUCCGGUGAGCACGACUACUGUCAGCUCAGGGCUGCCCCACCAAGGGGGGGCUCCCGAUGGAAUGUCAAACACAACACGGAUAUCACUAUCAAGACCAUCAAGGCCUUGAGGAAACAAGAGCUGGACCAGUCUGCUAUGAACCAGCCCUUGGCUGCUGCUGCUGCCGCCAGAAUGAACCCUGUAGGCACGGUCGGCCUGGUUGCUGCCUGCCAGAAUCCCAAAGAGGCUGUCGGCCCGGUUGGUGCUUGUCAGGACCAGACCCAAGUCAUUAGCCACUCUGCAGCCAGCUCAAGCCCGGGCAGAUCAGGGUCUCCGCUGUCAGAGAGCACGCUUACAAGGCUGCACACAGAUCCGCUGGACCACCGGACUAGUACACCCAGGUCCCUGACUAGGGGCGGCGAAGGGCCAUGUUCUGUACUGCUGUCCCCAGCUGCGUCCCCACGCCAGGAUGCAGAAGAACCAGCAUUGCAACAACCUCAGGACAUUCAGCAGAAGCGCCUGGCUUCCAAACACUCCCUGCGAUGCUACCGGAGCAGGCAGAAGUCAACCAGCCCCCAAAAAAGGAGCUGGAGAGGCCGCCGAAACCGUGCCAGCCAGUCCUUCAGUUCCAGCUCUGAUGGUGACAGUGACAGCUCCUCCUCCUCUUCCUCAUCAAGGUCAUGCUCCCGGUCUCAGUCUCCCCCAUCAAAACGCUGGCGAAGACACCAUUCAAGAAGCUCCCGCUCUUCCAGUGCAUGGAGCCAGUCAAGGAGCCGGUCCCGGUCAUCUUCAUGUUCCUCCUAUUUAUCAAGGUCACCUUUGCGCUCUCCGUCUCAGCACAGGAGGAGCAGCUGCAGGAAAAGAUAUGACUCCAGCAGUUCCCGGGAUCGUUGCCAAAGGCAGAAAACCAGAUACAAAGAACGUGCAAUAGAGGAACGCCGUGUUGUCUUCAUUGGGAAGAUCCCUAGCAAGAUGACCCGCUCAGAACUUCAGCACCGUUUCUCUGUGUUUGGAAACAUUGAGGACUGCACACUGCACUUCCGAGAGCAGGGGGAUAACUAUGGUUUUGUGACAUACCGCUAUGCUGAGGAGGCCUUUUCUGCCAUAGAGGGUGGACAUGCACUGCAUCGCCCUGAUGAACAGCCCUUUGACUUGUGCUUCGGAGGGCGUCGGCAAUUCUGCAAAAGGAACUAUGUUGACUUGGACUCGAACAUAGAAGACUUUGAGCCUGCCCCUGCGAAGAGCAAGUUUGACUCCCUUGACUUUGACACCUUACUGAAGCAGGCUCAGCGAAGUCUGCGGAGGUAACGCUGGCUCUCCCGGGCUCAGUGUGCCCGGUAGGCAUCUGCCUACACCAGCCUUACCUCAGACGGACUGCAGGGGCAGGCGCCCCUCCAGGCCUAGCUGCUAUGUCCAGCGUGGUUUUGUAAUGAAAUGCAAAAAAAACCCACAAACAAUUUUUAUCUUGAUUUGUUUUUCUAGGGACUAUUUAAGGGGAAGGACAUUUUCUCUUUAAUAAUGGGGGAUGGAAUGACAACACCCAACCACCUUCUUCCCACUUAAUCACUAUGCAGACAAUAAA